CACCACUUCGAUGCCCGCGGAGAUGCGUGUGUGUGUGUGUGUCUGUCAAGCAAGCCCCAUAUAUAUGGUCGAAUGACGGCCCAAAGAACAUGCUGCCAGACAGACACCUUCCGGACAAGUGCCUUGGCGAAGUUGGCUUUCGCCAGGGACCACCCGCGCCCUGAGUAGCCAAGGGAGGCGGCCUUCGAGUCUGUAAACGAAGGGCUGAAGAGCUGGUUGCGUUCGUUUGAGCGUUGUUGUCGUGAGAGAGCAACUCCGUACGUAUAUAGUGUCGUUGCAGUGCUCAGCAAUGGGCAAAAGGUCGAACGACACGGUGAGAAAAGAAAAGACGUUCGAUGUGACCUUGUUGUCCUGGAUAUGUAUGGCACAUUUGUCCUUCCCUGCGUUCACAUACCGCCCCCCCAUCCGCGAUGAUUUGCGCAAGGUCACAAAGGACGACACCGCCGCGAGCGAGUAGUAUGGCUGAUCAGCGAGAGAAGAAAGCUGAGGAGCGCCGCAGGUAAGACUGGUCGACAGACCCAACUAAAUUGCUGGUUAUCGCCCUUAUCCCUUCUAAAUUGCUCCCUUGUACGUAGGCCGCUGAGAGGCCGCGACGGUGCUGCCGAUGACAACGAUGACAUGAAUGACGGGCGGGGGUUGAGCAUGGGCCGGCCGCGCAAGUAAACAAGCUUCUCGAGCUCGGACGCAUCGAUCAAUCCAUACACACACACAUACGAAUGGAUAAUCUGCUGAGAUGCUGUCUUCCUCCAAUUGGUCUAUGCAGCACACCAUCGCCACCACCAGCAGCAGCAGCAGCAGCUGCAGCUGCAGCAGCGGUGCUUCCUCCCCUCGCGCACACGCCCAUCCUCAAUGCCAACAGUCCAGCAGCAGCAGCAGCGGCGGCUGAAGGGGGCGCCGAAAGCCCCAAGACGCCCAAAACACCCACAGACCAACACCACAAGUAAGUGGGCCGGGCCACCAGCUGGAGGGAAGGAGGGUGCAUGGAGUUGUGUGGUGUGCAUGUGUGUAUCCUUCGUGGGUUUGUAUCUUGUUCUCGUCUGUACGUUCGUACAGUGAACAUGGCGGCCGACGUGACCUGCCGCUCGUUCAGAUGGACACCGACCAUCGGGAGCUCAAGGGCUGGCCACGGAUCAGCCCACAGACGGUACCUUCAGGCACACAUUCACACACACACACACACACACGUGUGUCAUUCUCUCUCUCUCUCUCUCCGUGUGUGUUUGCGUGUGUCAGAUGUUGGACGUGCUGAAGGGCGAGUACGGUGACGUGGUAUCGGAGGGGUAUAUGGUGCUGGACGCUCGAUGGACCGCCGAGUAUGAAGGUAUGUGUACAUGCCGCAUGGACAGACAGACACCCUCACACACACAGACAGAGAGAGAGAGAGAGAGAGAGACCACAUGCGAAACGGCGUGUCUGUGCUGUGUGGUGUGUGUAUGCCAUUGCAUUGGCCAUGCAGGAGGGCACAUUGAGGGGGCCAUUCAUGCAUCGAGCAAGGAGACCGUCCGCGAUGCCCUCUGGCACCCCGAUGGCCGCCCCAAAUACGGAAAACAACACGUAAGAAACGAACGCAGUCCAUCCAUCCAUCCAUCAAUCUGUGUGCAUCAAGUGACUGACUGAUGUGCUUAUUAGUUACUCAAUGUCUGUCUGUCUGUCUUCUCAUCAAUGAAUCAGGUGGUGGUUCUGCACUGCGAGUUCUCGCAGGUCCGCGCCGUGGCCAUGAAGACGGAGCUCGAGGAACUCGACGAGGACUCAGUAAGUACGCACAAAUGAAAUGGACGAAUGAUAUAAUGGCUGCAGGAACAUUAUUGCCGUACAUUGAUUACAUUGGUAUCUAUCCCUCUCUCUCUCUCUCUCUCACUCUGUGUGUGUGUGUGUGUGUGUGCAGGACUACCCCUCCAAGUACAUAUUGGACGGCGGGUACAACAGCUUCUUCAGGCACCCCGGCGCGGUAAGCAUGAGGCCAUCCAACACAUCUGUCUGUCUGUCAGCAGCGUGUGUACAUGUGUGACGUAUGUGUGUGUGUGCAGAGCUGCCACUGUCACCCCUGUGACUACCUGUCGGAGCAGUGGCUGACCGGCGACGCCAGACGCCGAGCUGAGGAGGAGAAGAAGGUCCGCUUCCCCGAGCUCUACAAGAACAGGACCCGCCUCGCAAACGGCCCGCCCAAGUUCGAGUGUGGAGAAGCGGAGGAGGCCCCACCAGGCGAGCCAGCCCCAGCCCCAGCGGCCGCCGCCGCAGCCGCCGCCGCCGCCGCAGCAGCUGCCGUCGUAUUCGAUUCUGAGGAUGAGGUAACACCCACACCCCCACCUGUCCACACCCACUUGGGUGUGUGUGUGUGCGUGUGUGUGUGUGUGUGUAUGUAGGAUUUGUCAGAGGUGCCAGAGGGUAGCGAGAUGAUCGGCAUGCGGUUCAGCUUCAUCGGCAGCUUCAGCAACCCCAAGAAGCCAUACCUCAUCAAAAAAGUCGAGCAGCACGGCGGAGAAAUAGAGUAAGCACCCUUAGCACCCACCGCCCCCCCACCAACACACACACACAUUCAUCCAUCCAUCUGUGGGUAUGUCUGUUGUUUCCUUCCACCCCCCCCACCCGCACACACACACACACGCAGGGAGAAGAUGUGUGGCGCCUCUGUGACUCAUCUGGUUGCCGCGAGCCGUGCCUCGUCCAAGACGGCCCGGUGGAAGGAGGCCCAGGACCUCGACAUACCCAUCGUAGUGGUAGGCACACAACCACAUCUAGCCUUCCGACACGAGAGAUGCCUCUGUGCUGGCUGGCUACCUGUCCGUCAGUCUGAGUUUGUGCUGGCGCUGGCCCUCCGCAACCCCGUCCCCCCUGGCGCCAAGGCAUCGCCCGCCAAGAAGCGCAAAGCCAAGCCCAAAGGUGCUACAGCACAGCACCACCACAACCACCACCCACCCCCUGCAUCUUCUCAUGUGGCUCUCAUCUCAUUCUCACCGCUCAGCGCGGCGUGCGUCUGUCCGCAAGGCUGCUCGGAAGGGCAAGCCCGGCCGCCGUGGUGGUCGUCCCGGUCGCAAGAAUGUCGUCGCCGAGGACGAUGACGAUGACGAGGCGAUGGCGGCGGCGGCAGCGGCAGCGGCCAAGGACGAUGAGGAGGAGGAGGACGAGGUGAGACGGGGCGGCUGGGAUGGAAUGCGGUGGGACGGCAUGCCAUUCUUCAUUGAUGCCGACUGUCAGGAUGAGGAGGAUGACGACGAUGACGAGGAGGAGGAUCCCAAAGCCAAGGUCGGGGGAUGGGAUGGAAGGGUCGGGGCGGACUUUGGUCUGUCCAUGCUCGCAUGGCAUGCCUUCUCGGUGUGUGUGGUGUGGUGUGUGUGUGGUGAAUGGUGCAGGGCAUCCUGCUGCGGCAGCGCAAGUACCUGCAGCCGUACCUUCUCGGCGGAGGACACGGCGACAAAUUGGGCAGAGUCAAGGUACGUACACACACACGCAGAGAGAGAGGGAGAGGGCGAGAGAGAGGGAGAGAACUGCAUGUAUGUGCGUGUCUGUCUGUGUGUCUGUUCCCCCACUUACUGUAGGAUUUGCUGGCUGACGAGGACAUGCAGGGGGAGGGGGAGGCAGCAGGUGCUGCUGCCGCUGCUGAUGCCGCCGCGUCGUCAUCUCUGGCUCUGUAAGAUCGAGAGACCGACAGACACUCAGACACUCAGACACACAGAGACAGACAGAUUGUCACAUGUCGCCCGCACCAUGUGCACAUCCCAUGUGAGUAUUUGUGACAGAUUUUGACGUGUCCAUCAUGAAUACAUUUCAUGUGUUGUCGCUCGCAGUCAAUCACUCACACCUGCCUGCCACCCAAACACACCCACACGUGUCUAGCUACACAAAGUCUCACCUCGACAACAGUACAAAGCGUAUGCAACCAGCCCACCAAUGACCUGCUUUGUCAUUGAAUGACACC